AUGCGGUUCAAGCUCCCGUUUGAAAGUCUUGAAGAUUGUAAACCUUUGUGGGAAAAAGUGGAGUUUAACAAGAAGAAGUUGGGAAUCUCAUGUCAAUGCAUACCUGAAAAGGAAAUAGAGCCAACCGUGGAUAAAGAGGCGAUCGUUGAAGAAUGUCAGGAAGAUGCGAUCGUUGAAGAAUGUCAUGCAGAGGCUGAAGGUGGUGAGGUUGGAAGAGAUGAUGAAGGUGAAGAUGCCACAUCUGGGGGCGAAGCAUCAGAAUCUGAUGAACAAAGUAUAGAUUCUGAGGCAGGUUUAUCCGAGAAAUCUGAAUCUGAUGAUGAUGUUGAGAUUCCAGAUGAGGAUGAAGAAUACCCUGCGACUGAUGACUCAUCAGGUGACGAAGAAGAACAAGCUGAGAGGUUGGUGAAAAGAAAUGUGCCUGAUGGGGUUUUUAGUCUGAGGCAAUUGUUCAAUACCGGUGAGGAGUUUAAAGAGAAUGUUCUUCGAUACAUUCUGAAGACGAGGAGAAAUGUUGUCUUCGAUAGAUGGGAGAAGACUAAACUCGGUGCAAAAUAUAAUGAGAAUGAUUGUGGGUGGCACAUCUAUUGCUCAUUGGAGAAUCCAAUUGGGAAAUGGAUGGUGAAAACCUAUGAAGAUGAGCAUCAAUGUCAUCCUGUUGGGAGGUGUAGCAGAUCAGAGUCCGGUGAUAGCUGA